UUACUAUUACCCGAAAAUUUAAUGUACUCGAUCGUCAAAAAUACGGAUAUAUCAGUUAUGUCAAAAACAUCGACCGCAUUGUACAAAGAAAUCGUUACUUUCGAUUAUAAAUGUAUUAUUAAACGUAUUUGGGAACAAUUCAUAGUGGAUUUCAAACAUCAAACCAAUCAGGAUAUUAUGCAAAUGACAAAUGAAAAUAUUAGGUAAAUACUUUACUUGGUUUGUUUAUUGUAUAAAACUAAAUUAAAUUAAAAAUUUUUAGAAACAACGAUAACGAACCAGAUCUUUUGGAAAAUCACUUCGAGAAUAUUUACGAUGAUGUUGAUGAUAUUCAAAGUUGUAACGGGUUUUUCGAAUCAACUGUUUAAUAAUAGAAAACGACAAUAUUACUAAAAUUAUUGUAAAAAGAUGAAUAAUAUAACGUAUUAUAACUCAUUUUUAAUUGAAAAAAAUAAAUAUUUGUACGUCUAAUUGCUGUUUGAUUAUUAUUUAAAAACUUAUAAUAAUCAUGUUAAAAAUGUUGUACUCACAUGGGUUAAAUACUACAUAUAAAACAUAAGUUGCUAAAAUUAUGGUUGUUGUUAUUGAGGUGGAUGGAACUGUUCAUGCACCCAAGUAUUAAAUAAAUUGGGGAUAAAACGAAACGUAAUAAAAAUUCAAAAAUAUCCGUUAGACUUCAUGGAAUUCUCUCUAGAUGUUUUUUUCUUUUAAACGUCAACAAAUUUAAACCAAUCACAGUAUCAUAAGAAAAGCUAAAUCAUCACUUUGAAUUUUACUGUGAGUGUAAAGAGACUGUAGGGUGUUAGUCAUUAUUUGGAAUUGAAACCCACAUCAUGUCAACACAGGUUCAAAAAAUAUUAAACAAGAAAACCGAUUCACUGUCGGGUAUCGAAGAAAAAUGUUUUAAUAAUUUAAGCAGUAUAAAUAUUGAAGAAUUCUCACAAGAUUUGACUGAAGAAUUAUUCCCUGAUGUUUGGUUCAUGGAAGAUUAUCCCGUUCAAGUCGAAAUAGAAUCAUCCGAUAAAUAUUCCAUAAUCGAUUGUGCUCAACAUCCACCGUGGGCCAUGGAUAUGAAACUAUUUGGUCAUGAAUCAUAUGUUGAUUCGUUUGUUGAAUCGAUGGAGAAUAAUUAUAUACUCUCUGGCUCACAUCCGUGGAAAAAUUCAUGUAUGGAGGAGAAUUUGAUGGAGUUAAUUACUCAAGCAACAUGGGAGGAUAAUGUAAAUUCUUUGGUGAAAUCUCACUUAGAUUCACAACAGUCAGAAAAUUCAAACAUGGAAGAUAGUCUGAUGGAGUUAAUUGCUCAAGACACAUUGGAUCAUAUUGAAACGUUGAGUGUUGGAACAAUGAUUUUUACGAUGAAAAAAGAGCAUUAG